AUGAAGCAGAAGCUGGGCAAGAUCCAGGUGCGCUUCAGCCGGCGCACGCCCAGCACCGAGUCGCGCUCGUCGGCCACGGCGCCCGCGGAGGCCAUCCAGUUCAGUGACCCUCCUCCGGCGGUGCCCUCCUCGGCAUCGAUGGCCACCACCUCGGCCGCCUACAUUCCACAGCCCACCGAUAUCGACGUCCAUGAGGCCAUCAACGAUUCGCCGAGAUUCCGCGGGCAGGCUCGCGGCCACGAAGCCUACUUCAAUCGGCUGGAGUCGCGGCUGACCGAGAUCCUCAAACACUUUGCCACGAUGGCCGACCUCGGGAGGACUUAUGCGACCACAGUAUACAAACUGUCGAUAUCGGUCAACCAGCUAGGCCAGGAGAGCUUCCCGGACAACGCGUUGGCCCAGUCUACGUUUGGCACACUCGCCGAGGCCUACACCAAGAUUGUCGAGUUGAUGAGAGGUUUCCAAGAGGAAAGCACGAUCAACGCGUACAACAAGCUGCAAAUGUUUUGCAGAAAAGAACUUGCCGACGUCGCCGCCCUUCGGACCCAGUUCGACAACACGGCGGCCCUGACUGACGAUGCGCUCACGAAGAAUGCGGCGAGUUCAAGGACGAAGAAGUCGGAAACUCUCGAGACCCGAAACGCCCUCGUCAACGUCGGCGCCCUGCACGCGCACACAGCGCUCGACUUUUUGGAGAAAAUCAACCUGGCCCACGCCCAAAAGGACCUCGUCGUCGUUGAUGCCUUAUGGUCAUUCGUGAAGGACACUAGUGCCUUCUUCUCCAAGGGGCACGCCUUUUUCGACGAGUGGACUGCCAUGGAUAAUGGGGGAAUCGCCGACGCUGUCGACGCCUUGACGAAGAAGCGCGACUACACGGCACGGCAGAUGCAAGACAUUCACUCGUUGGUCCCGUCGGAGAUGUACCAGCACCCACCCGGCAUCUCGCUCGACCCGGACGUCGUCAUGGAAGGCUACCUCUACAAGCGCAGCAGCAACGCCUUCAAGACGUGGAACCGCCGCUGGUUCCAGAUCAAGGACAACAAAUUGCUGUACAUCCACCGCUCCGGCGACGACUUCCACCCGACGGUGAUGGAGAAGAACUUGGUGCUGUGCAUCGUCCGCCCCGCCCCCACGACCAUCGACCGCAUCGGCUGCUUCGAGCUGGUCACCCCCGAGCGCAGCCACAUCCUGCAGGCCGACUCGGAGGCGGUGUGCAACGCCUGGAUGCGCGCCCUGCAGCGGACGAUCCUGAAUUUGCACGAGGCCAGCCAGGCGGGCUACGACGCGAUACGCAACGAGCCGUCCUCAUCGGCACAUCAAGCCGCUUCCGAGUCACAUUCUGGCACGGCAAUGUCCGGACGCCCCACGACAAUCACGGAAAUCCCGGGCGGCUCACCGCGUAAUGCCAACGGCACCGAGCCGGUGUACACAAAGAUCCGACGGACGCCGGGGAACGACCGUUGCGCGGACUGUGGCGGACGAGAGGACGUGAAAUGGGUCUCUAUCAACCUCGGGGUCGUGCUGUGCAUCGAGUGCUGCGGCGUGCAUCGCAGUCUGGGCGUGCAGGUGUCCAAGAUCCGCUCGCUGACGAUGGAUUCGCUGGACGGCGAGGUGACGAACAUCUUGAUGUCGCUGGGCAACGACCGCGUGAAUGCGAUCCUGCUCUCCGGGCUGCCGAAGAAGGACAUCGUGCCGCCGCCCGCGAAUGAGCGGUCGCCUCGCGAGGUCCGCGAAACCUGGAUCAAAGCCAAGUACGUGGAGCGUCGCUUCGUGGCCCACGGCACCCCGCACAAAGCAUUGCGACGGAAGGCCAGCGCUGGAGUGAACCGCUCGGCUUCGUCGGCCAACGUCGCCUCACUGGACAUGACUACGAGUAGCACGUAUAACGAGAACCUCGGCGAGACGCAUAGUGAUGAAGGAGGAGAUGAGGGUCACGCUGAUGUUCAUGACGAGCUUCUCCUGGCGGCCGCUCGGACCGGAGAUCUUCCGGAAGUGCUCAAGAAUUUGUUGACUGGAGCCGAUGUGAAUGCGUUGGUUGACGGGACGACGGCGCUGCACGCUGCGAUUCUGGCGAACCACACUGCCGUCGUCGAAUUCCUGCUGCUGAACGGCGCGAAGACGUCGUUGGCCGACGCUAAUGGGGACACGCCGCUUCACGUGGCUUCCAGGAACGAUGGACCACUGGCCGCCGCGAUGCUGCUAAAACGGGGUGUCGAUCGGGAUCUCGUGAAUCUGAAGGGCGAGACGCCGAUUCAGAUUGCCGUCGACAAGGAGUCGGUGGAAAUAAUUACCUUGCUUCGCCUUCACGAGAUGCGCGACGAGACGGACGCCACCGAGGGCGUCGACGAGAUCAUCAGCGACUUGACGCGCCGUGCGGCCGAGAAGGCGGCCACGAUGCGCAACGGGGCGGCUGGACGUUCACCGCCCUCCAUUUCCGAGCUUGCCCUGGAGAAGAUGCGCCCCGAGGAG